UGUGACAACGUACAGUAAAACAGUCUCUCAUAGUAGAUAUGCAUUUAUAUUUUGCUUGGCAGUCCCUUCAGUAUGGCCCCUAUUUGUAAUAUAGGAUCACUUUAGCAUCAUGUAGCACGACAGGCUACGGAAGCGCUCUAGAUAAGAGAAGGCUGCAGCAGCGAGCACCCUGCUGUAACAGUCGUCAGUCUGACAAGUGCGCUGACCUCUCUCCUCUAGACUACUGUCACCAUGCCAUCGGUAGAAAUAUCCCCAAACCGACCCUACCACUUGGUCAUUUUCGGUGCCUCCGGAUUUACUGGGCAGUUUGUGGUGGAAGAAGUGGCUCGCACUGCUUCUGAAGGUCCGAAUGGGAGUCUGAAGUGGGCCGUGGCUGGAAGAAGCAAGCAAAAACUGGAGAAAAUAGUAGAGCAAGCUGCUGGAGUGUUGAGUAAGCCUGAGCUCAGAACAGAGGUGGACAUCAUUGUUGCUGAUGUUGGAGAGCCAGACUCCUUGGCAGCCAUGUGCAAACAGGCUGUGAUUGUUCUGAACUGUGUUGGACCAUAUAGAUUUUAUGGUGAGCCAGUGGUUAAGGCUUGCGUGGAGAAUGGAGCACACCAUAUUGAUUUAUGUGGAGAGCCUCAGUUUUUGGAGACAAUGCAGCUCAAUUAUGACAGUCCGGCAGCAGAAAAAGAUGUUUACAUAAUAGGAAGCUGCGGAUUUGAUUCCAUACCAGCAGACAUGGGAGUCCUCUUCACCAGGGAUCAGUUUAAAGGGACAUUGACAGCAGUUGAAAGCUUUCUCACUGUCAAUUUAGGACCUGAAGGUGGUUGUAUCCAUGAUGGCACAUGGCAGUCAGCUGUAUAUGGAUUUGCAGAUGGUAAAAAACUUCAAAGCCUGCGGAAGAAAUUUAAUCACAAAGCCCUUCCUGUUGUUGGUUCAAGACUCAAACGCAGAGGCGCAUUGUUCUACAGUAAUGAGAUUCAGCAAUACACUGUACCAUUUAUGGGCUCUGACCCUUCGGUUGUAAAGAGAACACAGCGCUUCCUUGUGGAACACGACGAAGUCACACCAGUCCAGUACGGCGCAUAUGCAGGUGUUGGGGGUUUGAGUAAUGUUAUCAAACUGAUGUUUGCUGGCAUCAUGUUCUGGUUUAUGGUAAAGUUCAGUUUUGGGCGCAACCUCCUCAUCAAGUAUCCAGAAAUCUUUACUUGUGGGCUCUUCUCUAAGGCGGGACCAACUAGAAAGCAGCUGGAGGGGUCAUCCUUCCAGUUAGCUUUCUAUGGAGAGGGUUACACAGAUGGACAGGACCCUUCUCGCGGAAAACCAGAUGGCAAGAUCCGUGCUGUUGUUCAAGGACCUGAAUGUGGAUAUGUGGCAACGCCCAUUGCCAUGGUUCAGGCUGCUCUGACCAUUCUCAAUGAAUCUCCCGCAUUGCCUAAGAAGGGAGGAGUGUAUACACCAGGAGCCGCCUUUGCAAAAACCACACUGAUCAACCGGCUUAACAAGCAUGGCAUUCAGUUUUCUGUUCUUUAAAUUGGCUCCCAUUUACCCAAUCAACUUUGAGCACUAAGUAUGAAUGCAUAAAGCCAGUUAGCAUAGCUUCAGUUUGUAUAGAUCUUUGUAAAAUUAAACUUGUCAGACCUUACAGUAAUAACCCUAGUUGUUGGUUGUAUUAGUUGCUUUACAUUCUCUUUCAGUGAAAGAGUCAUGUGUAUGCAUGGCUUGGGCCACCGUUAAAGAAAUUUAACGUUUAAGCAAUUUUGUCCAAAUACCAAACAUUGUUUGCCUGAACACUGUGGAAGUUCUUCUGCAACUGUUGCAAUAAUAUUCAGUGUCAUUUCCCGUUUGUAUGGAUUAAAAUUACAUCAAUGAAGCUCUAA